AUGUCUGCUUCGGCUAUGAGUGUGAGAUGUCUGGCUAGCACAAGGAUUCCGAUAUGCGAUGCGCAAGAUGGACAAAAGGAGGCAAGGGAUGAAGAUCGGGAUCGUGCUCAGUCAAAUGAGUUGGGCGAGGCGGAGAGAGUGAUAACGAGCAGCGGUGAGGCACAACACCAGUCCAUGGAAGACGAACCGGAAGACAAGAACAACAAUCACCCCUCGGAUAGACAAUCGUCCCCGAGAUCAUCGCUUCUAUCUUCCGAAUUGGAAUCGGAAUCAGAAGAUGGCAGCGAGUCUAACAGGUCAGAUCACGAGUUCGAUACCAAACCGUACACGAGCUGCAUACAAGAAGCUCAGCUAUCACCGGAUGGUACCUGCGUCUUCACAUCGGACUAUAGUCGUCAAUUUUCUGUGUAUCCCAUCUCCAACGACAUCCUGACCCAGACCAACGCUCAGCCUCUCACGCCCUACGCUUCUCUUCGCUCUGCCGAUCCUAUUUGGGCUUUUGCUGUCAACCCGCUCUUCAACUUACAAGAUGCCAGCAGCACGACUGUGCUGAUCAGUCGACGGGAUGCUUACAUCAGUCUGCACAACGCCUUAUGGUCUACCUUACAGAAACACAUCGAAGACAAUCAAAUCUCAGGGCCAGUAGAUAUAUCCACCCCCCUAGCAUCCUACAAACUCAUCAACAAUCUGACUGAAGCCGUCAUCGCACCCCUCAGCCUCGCCUACUCCACCACCGCCACCCACUUCUUCGCCGGCUCAAAAGACGAAAUCGCCAUCUUCGACCUCCUCGAGACCGAUAAACCAAUCCACACAAUCCGCACCAUACCCGCCAAACGCAACAAACUCAAAGGCGGAGGCCGCGGCUUCAAAGGCCAGAUUUCCGCUUUAUCCCUCUCGCCCCCCUCUCACACAUCACAUGAUGGCAUUCUAGCAGCCGGCUCCCGCACCCGUUACAUCGGUAUCUACGACCCCGUCGGCGGCACAGAAGUGACACAUUUCUCCCUCCCAGGCACGAUCAACGGCAUCAAAUUCCGCAACGAAAACCUCCAAAGCGUCAUGGGCGACGGCGUCACAUCCCUCAAAUGGAGCCCAUGCGGCAAAUACCUCUACGUCGCGGAGCGCAGUUCAGACGUCCUCCUCAUCUACGACGUCCGCAACUUCUCGCUCACCUUGGGAUACUGUGCGGGGAGACAAGCGCUCACUCGUCAGAAACUGGGGUUCGAUGUUUGGAAUGCGGGACAGAGUCCGUAUGAUGUUGAGGGGAUUUCGCAUGAGGUUUGGGCUGGUGGGAUGGAUGGGAAAAUGAGGGUUUGGAGGGAUCCGUAUAGGAGGGAGGGGGCUGUACAGGCUGAUGAGGUGGUGGAGGUGGGUGAUGGGAAGGCGCCUGUUGUGGGCAGUCUUGUUCAUGCUUCGGGGAGUUUGGCGGUUGCGGCUUGUGGGAGGGUUGGGUUGGGGGGUGAUAUGGAAGAAGGGACGAGGAGGGGUGGGGGUGUGAGACCCGUGGUGAGGGAGUGGGGGAGUUUGGAUAUCUUGGGGUUGGGCUGA